UUAAUCGGGUGUAAGAGUAUAAUAAUAAUGUAUUACAAAAUACAAAUAGCUACCGAAUAUCACCUUGGUUUACUAAAAGCAAAAUUAGCAAAAUAUAGAGUUCAACUUCUAGAGCCUUCAAGGUCUGGUGGGGCGAAGGGUGAUGGGUUCGAUGUAAUGAAAUCUGGCGACGCAAGGGUUGCGUUGAUUGGGUUUCCUUCAGUGGGUAAAUCAACAUUAUUAAAUAAACUUACAAAAACUCAUUCAGAGGCUGGCGCAUAUGAAUUCACUACGCUAACCUGCAUACCCGGAAAAAUUGAAUACAAUGGGGCAAAUAUUCAAUUAUUGGAUUUGCCCGGUAUUAUUGAAGGUGCUGCUCAAGGCAAAGGACGGGGGAGACAGGUUAUUUCUGUUGCGAGAACAGCAGAUUUAAUUUUAAUGAUGUUAGAUGCAACCAAAAGUAGUCAACAACGGGUAUUGUUAGAACGCGAAUUGGAAGUCGUUGGGAUUCGAUUGAACACAGAAAAACCCAACAUAUAUUUUAAGGUUAAGAAAGGCGGUGGAAUCAGCUUCAACUCUACUAUUAAAUUAACACAUUUGAAUGAAAAGAUGAUUUUCAAUGCUGAAGUACUAGUUCGUGAAGAUGUUACAGUUGAUGAAUUUAUUGACGUUGUGUUGGGUAACCGUAAAUACAUUAAAUGUCUAUAUUGCUAUAACAAGAUUGACUCGAUAACUUUAGAAGAAUUAGAUCGUUUGGCGCGUGAACCAAAUACUAUUGUUAUUAGUUGUGAGAUGGAUUUAAACCUUGAUUAUCUUGUUGAACAAAUUUGGAAGCAUCUUAACUUGUUAAGAAUAUACACCAAGAAAAGAGGAGGUAUGGUAUUUUGGUGGUCUAUUUUUUAUUUAGGGUACACUAUCAGUAAUUCAUUUCAUGUUUUAGAAUAUCCUGAUUUCGAUGGUGGGCUGAUCGUUAGAAAAGGUGCUACUGUGGAGCAUUGUCAUGCUAUCCAUCGAUCUUUAGUAGAGGAGUUUCGCUAUGCUCUUGUCUGGGGUACUUCCACAAAACAUAACCCUCAAAGAGUUGGGUUAUCUCACAUUAUGGAAUAUGAAGACGUUAUUCAAGAUAAACGUUCCUCUUAUUCAAAAAAGAGCUUUGUACGAUCGUUAAUUGGAAAUGUUAAUAAAGCGUUGCCUGACUGUAACAAAUGA